CUUCCUCGUUGGGUUCAAUUUGCGGAUCAUCGGACACCGCUAGCAUUCACAGAUUGCUGUAAACUCGUAAACAAGUCGGCGGUAGAGAUAGAAAUGUUAACAAAAAGGCAAAGGUGACACUUCAUUCUGGCUGACAAAGAGCUUUAGAUGUUGGAGAAAAUAUAGAAGUCUGUUGGCGCUAGUUCACUUCAGAUUGUGCUUGUCUGUGAAGAAGGAUCCCGGCGGCGGCGGGUGGAGUCGGUCAGAAUGGCUCCAGGGUCAGUCCCAAACCUUGACCAGUGGAGUGAAGGAGACCUCCAUGCCAAUGUGGAGCUGAUGUGCCUGCUACCCAAUGGUAUCUACAUACCACUCCAGUGUAGCAGGGAGGCGACCCUUACAAACAUUAAAAGAGAGCUAUGGACCAAAGCCAAGUCAGAACCUCUCUUCAACCUCCUCCUCGAUCUCAACUUCUACAUCUUCCAGUGCAUUAACUAUUCAGCUGAGCAGGAGGAGCUCUUAGACGAGAAGCGUCGGCUCUGUGAUAUCAAGCCAUUCUGGAGUACGCUGAGAGUCGUCAGGAAGGCAGGUGAUGUCGAAGAUAGGGUGCUCAACUCACAAAUUGGUCUCUGUAUUGGCAAGAGUCUUCAUGAAUACGACAUGAUGAAGAACCAGGAGGUGCAUGACUUCCGAUCCAACAUGAAACGGAUGUGCAUGUCAGUACAAAAGGCCCAUAUGAAGUGGCCUUGGGACAAGAAAGCCAUGUACCUGUUCCCUCCGGAGGUGGACCUGGCCGCGCCAAACAACCUUCCGGAAAAUCUCCUGAUCAACAUGAGGUUCUCCUCCAGCCUGUCGACCACGUCAGUUCUGCAAGUGAAAAGCAUGGAGAAGGCUGAAGAUCUGGUGGAGAAAGCACAGAAGAAGAUGUCCAUGUACCAGCAGAACACUCAGCCUGAGGAAUACGUCCUCAAAAUCCGCAGCUAUGAAGACUUUCUCCUGGGCGGCCAUCCCCUCUCAAAAUACAAGUACAUCCGGAAAGCUGUAAAGAAAGGCCAAAAGCCGGAGCUCAUUCUCAUACACAAGUCCGAGUUGAAGGUAGAGGAUCGCUUCAAAGACCCCAUGUUUAACGUCCUAGCACAGAAGGAAGAGCAGGCGCCGCCCCUCCCUUCCAAAGCAGGGCGUUACGUCAGCUGGGACAUCGAGGAGAAGGUCCGCGUCACAUUCCACCUGGCAAAGAAUGUCAACGUGAUUGAGAAGUCGGGGGUCCGACUCAAGGCGGGCGUGUUCCACGGUGACGAGGAGCUCUGCCCCUUCUUCACGUCCAAGGAGGUCGAGGGUCCUGACCCCAAGUGGCAGGAGACCUACGAGGCAGACAUCAACGUCAGCAACCUGCCUCGCAUGGCCAAGCUCUGCAUCAUGGUCUACACGCUCGGCAACAAGAAGAUCGUCAAGACAACAUCAGGAGCACAACUUGACCAAGGAAAGGCAAAGAAGAAAUUUCCAAGGAAGGAUCUGGUGCCUAUCGCAUGGGUCAACCUGACGUUCUUUGAUUACCGGUCCCAGCUGAGGUCGGGACCACACAAACUCUUCAUGUGGCCGGCCUCGGAAGACAUCGACCUGAACCCCUUGGGUCAUUGUGAGUCCAACCCCAGCAAAGACGACACAACCUGUAUCGAGGUGUCCUUUGAGCAGUACAGGCAGGGCAGCGUCUCCUAUCCUACGUUUGACAAGGUGAUAGAGAGGGCAGCAGACAUCGCGAGGAGUGAUGACAAUCCGUUUGAGACACCAUCAGAACAAGCUUUGGAGGAGUUGCGUCAGAUUGUUGAGAAAGAUCCCCUGGAGCCACUGAGUGAACAGGAGAGGGAAGACCUGUGGCUUGCGAGGCAGGAUUGCAGGGAUCAGCUACCCCAUGCUCUUCCUAGAUUGCUCAAGUGUGUACAUUGGAACCAUAGGGAUGAAGUAGCACAGAUGCAAGCUUUGCUGCAGAUUUGGCCUCCAUUGAAGCCAGAAGAAUCAAUGGAACUCUUAGACUACCGCUAUCCUGACGUAUCUGUCAGGCAGUUUGCAGUCAAGUGCCUUCAGCAACUCACAGACGAUCAACUCUCUCAGUAUCUUCUGCAGCUGGUACAAGCCUUGAAGUACGAGACUCAUCUAGAUUGCGCCAUCGGCAAGUUCCUCUUAGACAGGGCUCUCUCUAAUCAGAGGAUCGGCCAUUUUCUAUUCUGGCAUCUUAGAGCGGAAAUGCAUCAAUCAGCAGUAUGCACGCGGUUUGGUCUGAUGCUAGAGGCUUACUGUAGAGGAAGCAUGGCCCACAUCAAGACACUCAGCAAACAGGUGGAAUCUCUGAACAAGAUGAAGAAUCUGAACGAGCUAAUCAAAUCGAAACAGGCCAAACAACAAGACAAGGGAGAGAUACGAGAUAUGAUGCAGAAGGUUCUACAGCAAGACUCCUACGCAGACACCCUCUCUAACUUCGUCUCACCUUUAGCUCCUUCCAACAAACUCAAGUGUCUAAGACUAAACAAGUGCAAAUUCAUGUCAUCCAAGAUGCGACCGCUGUGGUUGGUGUUUGAAAACGAUGAUCCAAUCGGAGACGACGUCUAUAUACUCUUUAAGAAUGGAGAUGAUCUACGGCAGGACAUGUUGACGCUCCAAGUCAUGCAGAUUAUGGAUAACAUAUGGCAGGAGGAGGGCUUAGACCUUAGGAUAAUCCCGUACAAAACCCUCGCCACCGGUCCUAAAGUCGGACUGAUCGAGGUCGUUACCAAUUCGGACACCAUCGCAAACAUCCAGAAGCAACAUGGUUCAGUCAAUGUGCUCACGGCAGCAUUCCAAAAGGCGGCUCUCUUUGAAUGGUUAAAGAAACAUAGUCCGACAGAGGAGAUGUUAAACAAAGCGAUAGAAGACUUCACCUUCUCCUGUGCAGGCUACUGUGUAGCAACCUAUGUCCUAGGAAUCGGUGACAGGCACAAUGAUAACAUCAUGGUAAAAGAAUCAGGACAGCUCUUCCACAUUGACUUUGGUCACUUCCUGGGUAACUACAAGAGAAAGUUUGGUUUGAAGAGAGAGAGGGUGCCCUUCGUCUUGACCCAUGACUUUGUACAUGUGAUCACCAGGGGGAAAGGAGCCAGCACCACCACAGAAUUUGACAGCUUCCGACGUUGCUGCGAGGAGGCGUUCAUGAUCCUCCGUCGCCGUGGUAACCUGCUGAUCAACCUCUUCGCCAUGAUGCUUUCCAGCGGAAUCCCGGAGCUGUCGGACGAGACCAUCAAGUAUCUCCGGGACGUCCUGGUCCUGGACCGCAGCGAAGACGACGCACUCAGGUUCUUCCAGGGCAAGUUCAACGAGGCCCUCAAGAACUCCUGGAAAACUAGUCUGGACUGGAUGAUGCAUCAUAUUGCCCAUAGAGAUUGAGACAAUGACAUCAAUGAUACGGUGUCGCGAUUUUUGGACAUUGUGAUCUACAGCAUGCACCUCGUAAUAGUAUACUAUUUUUGCAGAUGAUGACUUGAAUAUGAAGUCGAUGGAAACUGGAGUUGUUUUCUUUUUCUAUGAGAACAAACAAUGUCUACAUCACUGAGAUGGAGAUGGCGAUGGCGAUAUCAUCGGGAGAUAAUGAUGUAACGAUGAUGAUUUUACUGGUAGAAGAUGUUGAAUCAUGAUAAAUUGUAGGAUACAAUUGUGCAAUGUAUAGUUUAUACCACAGACCACAUUGCAGAUGUAUACUUGAAUAGUGUCAGUCACUACAUGCUUAAUCUUGAUUUAUGAAAGAGUUCUAUAAGAAACUUUUUUGUCCCGAGGAUCAUUGGAAUUAAAUGCUGUUGAGGAUUUCCUUGAGGACCUGCAUAAAUUACCACGCAGCAGAUUUUAAUUCACUUGCAUUGAGAGGUUGAAGGAUAUUCCAUAAUAACUUUGAGGAAAGUUUCUAUGUAAUGUAGAGAAUGACUUGCAUUGAUACAAAGGCACAACUGAUACAGCUGGAGAAUAGGUCCAUGGACAGAUAUAUAGAUUUACCUGAGGUACAGAAGUGCACAUUGCGACUAGAAAAGGAAGACAUACACUGGUCUAUUGCUGUAAAACAAAGUGGAAAAGAGAUGCAGUUUUCUUCUGGAAGUUCUUCAAGCAUCGUGGAGCAAUACCAAAUUCAGUCAAGGAGAUUCGCUCUCUAAUUGUCUCGCUGAGGAAUUGUGUGCAAAUUAUGAAUCACUACGUGAGCAGUUAUCUGAUUCAAUAUUGUGAUGCAGUCCAAAAUUUAAUUACAAAAAAAUAGAAUAAUGGGCUUUUCUCAAAUGAAUUUAUCCAUAUUAUUGCAGAUAUAACUUUCCUUCACAUUCUCAGUAGCUUAUAUGAGUAAGUCCAACCUUGCAGCAAGUAAUGCAAGAAAUUGUCUAGUGAACAAAGACGAUCAGUUUAAUGGCAUGACUUGGUCUAGAAAAGAAAUUUAUUGUAAAGUGCAUGACAAAAAGUAGUCUAUAAAUUGUCAAGCAAAGUUUAUGGUUUCAAUAUAUUAUGCAUUGAUGUAUGUCGUGAUAAAUGUGUUAAAGGGACUAAGCAAGAGUAUAUUGACAGAAAGGAAUGCUGGAACAUGUUCUCUUAUUAUUUGCAAUAUUAAUAGAUAGGAAUAUUAUGAUUAUUUCAGAUCUUUAUGGAUGGGUCAAAAUACCGCUGGGAUGAAUGAGUCAACCAUUUGCCUACCAGAACCACUCGGUUCCUAAGUGGAACUAUGGGGAAAUAUAAGAAUGCUGUAGUCAGCGGGCUAACAUCCUAGUGUAUGUAAAGAUCAUGCUUGAAGACGGGAUUCUUCUCUGGUGCUCAUUGGUGUAAACACAAUCGCAACCACUUUCAACAAAUCAACCGAAGGCAUUUCAAUAGCCUUGCACUUCACCCAUUGACCUGUGCAAACAUGAAAAUGACUAAUUACGUAAUCCAAACAAGAUUUCUACGGGAUGUACACAAGGGUUUUGAUAUGGCCCUUGGGUUGAAAUUACUUGCGAUCGUGUUGGUAGAUGAGGGGAAGAAAUUGAGUCUAUUGCGUAUUGUAUGCCAUGUACCAAGUAUAAUGAACAUACAUUGACAUAAAAAAUAUCGUUCUACUUGAUAUUUGGUUUGGUCCAAGCUUUAGCAUGGCCUGCAAAAUCGUACAGAGGUGGUUCGAUGGAUAAGUCUCCUGACUGCGAAGGAUGAGGUACGGGGUUCAAAUCCAUGUCACAGCAGUAAUAAUGAUAUGAUGAUAAUGAUAAUAAUAUGUCUUGUUUACCCAGGAUAACCUUCUCAGUAUUAAGAUAGUUCUCCCUGAGGUCCCUGUAACUAUAUUAUUAUGUCUUUUAGCAAGACAUUUAUCUACAUUUGCCAUGCUCAAUCCAAUUGAGGUAAAUGGGUAUCUGGCAGAAAUCUUUUCCUUGAAACGCUCAAGUGCUGUAAUGGCAGCCGUGCUAAAGCGGGGGUAUUAUACAAGACUCCACCACUAUUAUUAUUACAGUCAGAAGAUAUAGAAUAAACUUAGAUGUCACUGGUAACAUAUGGGCCGAAAAAGCUUGGUCUGGAUCUAUUCUAGUAGGACGAUGGUGCGAAGAAAUGAAACAACAAGAGUCAUAGAUUACUUGUAGUCGAUCAGUUGAAAAAUAUUAUUUUAUACUUUCCAUGUAGUUCAGCUAUCGAACAUAAAUAUAUUUUAUGGUAUUGUGACCAAAAUGUAUUGUACAAUUUUAUUCAGAAAUUAAAAACAACCUAGCAAUUUUACAUUCCCA